AAAAGAAAAAAAUAAACUCUGAUCACAGUAGCUAAAUUCUUCCACUAUUCAUCGUCAAAGUCUCUCUUACCAUACUUACUUCAAGCUCUUCUAGUUGUAUUCAACCACACUAUAGUUCCCUCUAAAUUUUCUUUAUCUGAAAGAUGGCUAAAGAACAGAGACUUGAAUGGAGAGUGAACAUGCCGAACGGCACGUCAGAGAAGUUAGAGACAGAACAUGGGUUUUUCUACAGAGUCUGGAUGAGAUUACAGGGUCUGUUUGAAAGGUUUUUCUUGAAAAUAUGGAGGUUUUUAGAGAAGGCUUGGAGUAUAGGAGCCUCCGAACCUAAGAAGGUUGCCCAUUGUCUCAAAGUAGGGUUGGCUCUAUCUCUUGUUUCACUGUUUUAUUACAUGAGGCCUUUGUAUGAUGGUGUUGGAGGGAAUGCUAUGUGGGCAGUUAUGACUGUUGUGGUUGUUUUUGAAUACACAGUGGGUGCAAUGCUCUGCAAAUGCGUUAACAGAGUAAUUGGAACUUUUCUUGCUGCUUCUCUGGGUAUUGGUGUUCACUGGGUUGCCACUCAAUCUGGACAACAAUUUGAGCCCAUUAUUCUCGGAGUUUCUGUUUUUCUUCUUGCUUCGGCAGCUACCUUCUCACGAUUCAUUCCAUCGAUCAAAGCUACCUUUGAUUAUGGUGCCAUGAUCUUCAUCCUCACAUUCAGCUUGGUGUCAAUGUCGGGCUACCGAGUCGAUGAAUUGUUGGUGCUGGCACAAACCAGAGUAUCGACAAUCGGCAUUGGAACCUCCAUAUGCAUCUUCACAAGCAUGCUCUUGUGUCCUGUUUGGGCAGGGAAUGAGCUUCACCUUCUCAUCAUUCGAAAUACCGAAAAACUUGCUGAUUCCAUAGAUGGGUGUGUAGCAGAGUACUUCAACAACAAUGAAGAUAUCAACGUUAAUGACACAGAUUUGGGCAAGAAAUUGCAAGGUUACAAAUGCGCCCUUAAUUCCAAGGCAGCAGAGGAAUCCAUGGCGAAUCUUGCAAGAUGGGAGCCUCCACAUGGGCAAUUCGAUUUCCGACAUCCCUGGAAACAGUACCUCAAGAUUGGGGCUGCAAUAAGAAACAGUGCUUUCUGUGUAGAGUCUCUCAGGAGUUGCAUCAAUUCAGAAAUUCAGGUGCCCGAGUUUCUAAAGAAGAACUUGAGCGACGCCUGCACAAGGUUGAGCUCACAGUGUUCCCAAGUCUUAAAAGAAUUGUCAAUGAUGAUGAAAACAAUGACAAAGUCAUCGAAGAUAGAUUUGUCAGUCGGAGAAAUGAACAUUGCAGUUCAAGAGCUUCAAAACGGGUUGAAAUCUCUUCCCAACUCGCUACUGUUACCACCAAUGCACGAAAAUGACUCAAACAGACAACCAACUACAAAACAGUUUGCAGUGCCUCUCAUAGAUAUUCUUCCAGUGGCCACAGCAGUGUCUUUGCUGACCGAAAUCGCAGGAAGAAUUGAAGGAAUUGUCGAAGAAGUCAAUAUUCUAGCAGUUUUAGCCGAGUUCAAGUUCAAGGCUGCGAGUGAUGAGAAAUCCCAGCAAAACCAAUCCAAUACAGAUAAAAUUGAUGAUGAUGGAACCAUGAAGACCCCUUCAAAAGGUCUGAGUUCAACAUAACUAGUUAUUAUGAAUUUUCUGUUUGUUUCCCGAGAAACUGUAGUGUACACUAUAUAGAGCAUGGUACCCCUAGUCCAGUAGUGUACUGGUAAAUAAGUUGAGAUCACAAGGGCAAGUUGAGGAAUGAAAAAAGUAGGUUGAUUUGUGAAACUCUCAUCGGGUGCUUCAAGCAAAACUGCAUGACAACACGAGCACCAACUUGUUUCUGUGUCCUCCUGCACCAUGCAAAUGAAAUGAGUAAUGUAUCAGGGAAAAAAAUAUCAUCAAAAUAAUUAUGGAA